AUGAGCAAAAGAUGGGCACAACAGUGCGCCUUCAAUCGAAUCGUCACUUUUUCCACAAAAACCACGCAACAUGCCGCUGCCGCUGUUGUAUCGGAUGGCGCCGAGCCGCCAGCCGAACAGAAAACUGUGGCGACUCCGCCAGCUGCAGCUCAGCUGCCGACACCCGCACCCACGCCCACAGCGGUACGCAAGCCCAUCGUGCCCUCGAAUUAUCGGUUCAUUUAUCCCGAAUUCCUGCCCGAUCCCAAAGUGGAAUGGCGCAACCCGAUCCGUGAGAAGCUGGAGCGCUUAGAUAUGCUGGACCGGCGGCGUCAAAUUGAUCUGCCGGAGUUCUAUGUGGGCUCCAUAAUGGCGGUGACCAGCUCCGACCCCCAUGCUGCGGGCAAGACCAGUCGUUUUGUCGGCAUUUGCAUCAAUCGUGACCGUUGCGGUCUGCGCGCUCGUUUCGUACUGCGGAACGUGAUUGAUCACCAGGGCAUGGAGGUGGUCUACGAGCUGUACGAUCCCACCAUCCAAAAAGUGGAGGUGCUGCGUCUCGAGAAGCGUCUGGACGACAGCCUGUUUUACCUCCGCGACGCUCUGCCGGAGUACAGCACGUUUGAUGAGAGCAUGGAAGCCGAACAUCUGGAGGAGGGUGCUCCAGUGCCGGUGAAUGACAUCAAAGUCGUCCUCCGUCCGCGGCCCUGGCUGGAGCGUUGGGAGCGUCAAAACCUAAGCGGCGUGGCGAAUAUUGAUCAGUAUAUUAAGGACAAGCAUCGCAAAUCGGCGGAGAAGGUGCAAAAGCCUUGGGAGAAGUACGAUCUGAUGAAACAAUAUCGCUCCACCAUACCCGAGGAGGAGCAGACGGAGGUCUUUGCCGAGGUUCACACGGAACUGCACAGCUUGGAGCUGCAGCGCAAGCGUAAUAAGCGGAAGCGCACCUUUGUAAAGCCCGAGCAGCUUGCAUAA